AUGCAGCUUGCAGCAAAGUUCCGAAAUAGCGGACAAACAUGUGUAUGUGCAAAUAGAAUUCUUGUGCAAGAAGGAUGUGGGAAUUUGCCACAGCACAUACUAGCUGGUUCAUGUAUAUAUGACAAGUUUGCAAAUGCAUUGCUUGAUGCUGUUCAGAGUAUGAAAGUUGGAGAUGGUUUUAGUGAAGGUGUGGUUCAGUUUUCAUGUAUGAUUAAAGAGGCUAAAGCCUUGGGGAUGGCUCUCGGCGUCUCUUGUUUGAAUGGGAUUGAAGAAGCUGAAGCACAGUGUGCUUUGUUGAACUCUGAAUCAUUAUGCGAUGGAUGUUUCAGUUCAGAUUCAGAUAUAUUUCUCUUUGGUGCAAGGACAGUGUACAGGGAAAUCUGCCUUGGAGAUGGUGGAUAUGUUGUAUGUUAUGAGAUGGCAGAGAUUGAAAAUAAACUUGGAUUGGGACGGGAUUCAUUGAUUGCUCUCUCUUUGCUUCUCGGCAGUGACUAUCAUCAAGGAGUCCACGAUUCGAACUUCAAACCCUUCAAAUUGGUUUUUACGACCAAGAUAUGCAAUGGAACCGAAGCCGACGAAGAGGAGGCUUUUUCCGGUUUUCUAUUUGGCACGAGAUCGGCUUCAGGUGAUUACGGGAAAAGCUUUUGCAGGUCACAGUUUGUGAAGGUGGAUGUAGCAGAGGAUGGAAGACUAACUGAAGGGCUUCCGAGAGUUACCGAUGAUGAUGGGGAUGGUAUCUCAUUGCCAUGA